AUGGCAACCACUGUUACUACUAUGACCCCAUCAGCAGCUCUGGUGUUGUUUCCGACAGACCCUGAAGACCUAGAGAGGGAGAAUGACAACGGGACGCCAAUCCCCACCUCUGAUAACGAUGACAAUUCGCUGGGCUAUACAGGCUCCCGUCUUCGUCAGGAAGAUUUUCCACCUCGCAUUGUUGAACACCCUUCAGACCUAAUUGUCUCAAAAGGAGAACCCGCAACUUUGAACUGUAAAGCUGAAGGCCGCCCCACACCCACUAUUGAAUGGUACAAAGGGGGGGAGAGAGUGGAGACAGACAAAGAUGACCCUCGCUCACACCGAAUGUUGCUGCCAAGUGGAUCUUUAUUUUUCUUACGUAUAGUACAUGGACGAAAAAGCAGACCUGACGAAGGGGUCUACAUCUGUGUAGCAAGGAAUUACCUUGGAGAGGCCGUGAGCCACAACGCAUCGCUGGAGGUAGCCAUACUACGGGAUGACUUCAGGCAAAACCCUUCCGAUGUCAUGGUGGCAGUAGGGGAGCCUGCAGUAAUGGAAUGCCAGCCUCCACGAGGCCACCCAGAACCCACCAUUUCAUGGAAGAAAGACGGCUCUGCCUUGGAUGAUAAAGAUGAGAGAAUAACUAUACGAGGAGGAAAGCUCAUGAUUACUUACACCCGUAAAAGUGAUGCUGGCAAAUAUGUUUGUGUUGGUACCAACAUGGUUGGGGAACGAGAGAGUGAAGUAGCAGAGUUAACUGUUUUAGAGAGACCAUCAUUUGUGAAAAGACCUAGUAACUUGGCAGUAACUGUGGAUGACAGUGCGGAAUUUAAAUGUGAGGCCCGAGGUGACCCUGUGCCUACAGUACGAUGGAGGAAAGAUGAUGGAGAGCUGCCCAAAUCCAGAUAUGAAAUUCGGGAUGAUCAUACAUUGAAAAUUCGGAAGGUGAUGGCCAGUGACAUGGGAUCAUACACUUGUGUGGCAGAAAAUAUGGUUGGAAAAGCCGAAGCAUCGGCUACUCUGACUGUUCAAGUUGGGUCUGAACCCCCACAUUUUGUUGUGAAACCCCGUGACCAAGUUGUUGCCUUGGGACGGACUGUAACUUUUCAGUGUGAAGCAACUGGAAACCCUCAACCCGCUAUUUUUUGGAGGAGAGAGGGGAGUCAGAAUCUGCUUUUCUCAUAUCAGCCACCACAGUCAUCCAGCCGAUUUUCAGUUUCCCAGACUGGUGACCUCACUAUUACUAAUGUCCAGCGAUCUGAUGUUGGUUAUUAUAUCUGCCAGACUUUAAAUGUUGCUGGAAGUAUCAUCACAAAAGCGUAUUUGGAAGUUACGGAUGUGAUUGCAGACCGGCCUCCCCCAGUCAUUCGACAAGGACCUGUGAAUCAGACUGUAGCAGUGGAUGGUACUUUAGUUCUCAGCUGUGUGGCCACAGGCAGUCCAGUGCCCACAAUUCUGUGGAGAAAGGAUGGAGUCCUUGUUUCAACUCAAGAUUCUCGAAUCAAACAGCUGGAGACCGGAGUGCUGCAGAUUCGAUACGCUAAGCUGGGUGACACUGGUCGGUACACCUGCAUUGCAUCAACCCCCAGUGGUGAAGCGUCAUGGAGUGCUUACAUUGAAGUCCAAGAGUUUGGAGUUCCAGUUCAACCUCCAAGACCCACUGAUCCCAAUUUAAUCCCUAGUGCCCCCUCAAAACCUGAAGUUACAGAUGUCAGCAGAAAUACAGUAACACUAUCAUGGCAACCAAAUUUGAAUUCAGGAGCAACUCCAACAUCUUAUAUUAUAGAAGCCUUCAGCCAUGCAUCUGGUAGCAGCUGGCAGACCAUAGCAGAGAAUGUGAAAACAGAAACAUUUGCCGUUAAAGGACUCAAACCUAAUGCAAUUUACCUUUUCCUUGUGAGGGCAGCUAAUGCAUAUGGAAUUAGUGAUCCAAGCCAAAUAUCAGAUCCAGUGAAAACACAAGAUGUCCCACCAACAAGUCAGGGGGUGGACCACAAGCAGGUCCAGAGAGAACUGGGAAAUGUUGUCCUGCACCUCCACAAUCCUACCAUCCUUUCUUCCUCUUCGAUCGAAGUGCACUGGACCGUGGACCAACAGUCUCAGUACAUUCAAGGGUAUAAAAUUCUCUAUCGGCCAUCUGGAGCCAACCAUGGAGAAUCGGAGUGGUUAGUUUUUGAUGUGAGGACCCCAACCAAAAAUAGUGUGGUUAUCCCUGAUCUCAAAAAGGGAGUCAACUAUGAAAUUAAAGCUCGUCCUUUCUUCAAUGAGUUUCAAGGAGCAGAUAGUGAAAUCAAGUUUGCCAAAACCCUAGAAGAAGCACCCAGUGCCCCACCUCAAAGUGUAACUGUAUCAAAGAAUGAUGGAAAUGGAACUGCAAUUCUCGUUAGUUGGCAGCCACCUCCAGAGGACACUCAAAAUGGAAUGGUCCAAGAAUAUAAGGUUUGGUGUCUGGGCAAUGAAACUCGAUACCAUAUAAACAAGACGGUAGAUGGUUCCACUUUUUCUGUGGUCAUUCCCUCUCUGGUUCCUGGGAUCCGAUACAGUGUAGAAGUGGCGGCCAGCACUGGGGCCGGGCCUGGGGUGAAGAGCGAGCCUCAGUUCAUCCAGUUAGAUUCUCAUGGAAAUCCCGUGUCACCUGAGGACCAAGUCAGCCUUGCUCAGCAGAUUUCAGAUGUCGUGAAACAGCCAGCGUUCAUAGCAGGAAUCGGGGCAGCCUGCUGGAUUAUCCUCAUGGUCUUCAGCAUCUGGCUCUAUCGACACCGAAAGAAGAGGAAUGGUCUCACUAGUACUUAUGCGGGUAUCAGAAAAGUCCCGUCUUUUACCUUCACACCAACAGUAACAUAUCAGAGAGGAGGUGAAGCUGUGAGCAGUGGAGGAAGGCCAGGAAUUCUGAACAUCAGUGAACCUGCCGCGCAGCCAUGGCUGGCAGACACGUGGCCUAAUACUGGCAACAACCACAACGACUGCUCCAUCAAUUGCUGCACAGCCAGCAACGGGAACAGCGACAGCAACCUGACCACCUACAGUCGCCCAGCUGAUUGUAUAGCAAAUUAUAACAACCAACUGGAUAACAAACAAACAAAUCUGAUGCUCCCUGAAUCAACUGUUUAUGGUGAUGUGGACCUUAGUAACAAAAUCAAUGAGAUGAAAACCUUCAAUAGCCCAAAUCUGAAGGAUGGGCGUUUUGUCAAUCCAUCAGGGCAGCCCACUCCGUAUGCCACCACCCAGCUCAUCCAGUCAAAUCUCAGCAAUAACAUGAACAAUGGCAGCGGGGACUCCAGCGAGAAGCACUGGAAACCACCCGGACAGCAGAAGCAAGAAGUGGCACCAAUUCAGUAUAACAUCAUGGAGCAAAACAAACUGAACAAAGAUUAUCGAGCAAACGAUACAAUUCCUCCAACCAUCCCAUACAACCAAUCCUAUGACCAGAAUACUGGAGGAUCCUACAACAGUUCAGACAGGGGAAGUAGUACGUCUGGGAGUCAAGGGCACAAGAAAGGGGCACGAACACCCAAGGUACCAAAACAGGGUGGCAUGAACUGGGCAGACCUGCUUCCUCCACCGCCAGCGCACCCUCCUCCACACAGCAACAGUGAAGAGUACAGCAUGUCUGUAGAUGAAAGCUAUGACCAAGAAAUGCCAUGUCCUGUACCACCAGCAAGGAUGUAUUUGCAGCAAGAUGAAUUAGAAGAGGAAGAAGAUGAACGAGGCCCCACUCCCCCUGUGCGGGGAGCAGCUUCUUCUCCAGCUGCUGUAUCCUACAGCCAUCAGUCCACGGCCACUCUGACCCCCUCCCCGCAGGAAGAACUCCAGCCCAUGUUACAGGAUUGCCCAGAGGAGAUUGGCCACAUGCAGCACCAACCCGACAGGAGACGGCAGCCCGUGAGUCCUCCUGCGCCCCCGCGCCCCAUCUCCCCGCCACACACCUACGGCUACAUUUCCGGGCCCCUGGUCUCAGAUAUGGACACGGAUGCGCCCGAAGAGGAAGAGGACGAAGCCGACAUGGAAGUAGCCAAGAUGCAAACCAGAAGGCUUUUGUUACGCGGGCUUGAGCAGACCCCUGCCUCCAGCGUCGGCGACCUCGAGAGCUCUGUCACUGGUUCCAUGAUCAAUGGCUGGGGCUCAGCCUCAGAGGAGGACAACAUCUCCAGCGGGCGCUCCAGCGUUAGUUCUUCUGACGGCUCCUUUUUCACUGAUGCUGAUUUUGCGCAGGCCGUCGCGGCCGCGGCAGAGUAUGCUGGUCUGAAAGUGGCACGUCGUCAAAUGCAGGAUGCCGCUGCUGGCCGCCGACAUUUUCAUGCUUCUCAGUGCCCUAGGCCCACAAGUCCUGUGUCUACAGACAGCAACAUGAGUGCUGCAGUAAUGCAGAAAGCCAGACCUGCCAAGAGACAAAAACACCAGCCAGGACAUCUGCGCAGAGAAGCCUACACAGAUGAUCUUCCACCUCCUCCGGUGCCACCACCUGCUAUAAAGUCACCCACUGUCCAAUCCAAGGCACAGCUGGAGGUACGACCUGUAAUGGUGCCAAAACUCACUUCUAUAGAAGCAAGAACAGACAGAUCAUCAGAUAGAAAAGGAGGUGGUUACAAGGGAAGAGAAGUUUUGGAUGGAAGACAAGUUGCUGACCUGCGAACAAAUCCAGGUGAUUCCAGAGAAGCACAGGAACAGCAAAAUGAUGGGAAAGGUCGAGGAAACAAGGCAGCCAAACGAGACCUUCCACCAGCAAAGACUCAUCUCAUCCAAGAGGAUAUUCUACCUUACUGUAGACCUACUUUUCCAACGUCAAAUAAUCCCAGAGAUCCCAGUUCCUCAAGCUCAAUGUCAUCGAGAGGAUCAGGAAGCAGACAAAGAGAACAAGCAAAUAUAGGUCGAAGAAAUAUUGCAGAAAUGCAGGUACUUGGAGGAUAUGAAAGAGGAGAAGAUAAUAAUGAAGAAUUAGAGGUAUCUAUAAAUCUUUUCCAGGUUUUUCAUCACUAG